GCGGACACGGGGUGGCGUCUGGCGCUCCAUAAAGGGGCCCGCACUCUCCACCAGGCGGGCAGCAGCUACCAGCUGUGAACACAGGCGAGAUGCCGAUUGUGUGCCAUCAGGUCCCGGUGCUGGCAGGUAGCGCCACAUUGGCCACCAUGGGGACCCUGAUCCUGUGCUGUGGGAAACCCGCCAGUUACGGGAAACACAGCAAGAGUGUGUCGCCGGGAGUUCCCCUCCUGCCCGCACGCCUAGCCUGGUUCCUGCAGGAGCUGCCUUCCUUUGUGGUGUCAGUAGGGAUGCUCGCUUGGCAGCCGCGCUCCCUCUUUGGACCUCCGGGGAAUGUGCUGCUGGGUCUCUUCUCCGCGCAUUACUUCCACAGGACAUUUAUUUACUCAUUGCUCACCAGAGGAAGGCCUUUAUCAGCGGUGAUCUUUCUGAAAGCCACUGCCUUCUGCAUAGGGAACGGACUCCUGCAAGCCUACUACCUGGUUUAUUGCGCGGAAUACCCCGAGGAGUGGUACACAGACAUGCGGUUUAGCGUCGGUGUCUUCCUCUUUAUUCUGGGGAUGGGGAUCAACAUCCACAGUGACUGCAUGCUGCGCCAGCUCAGGAAGCCCGGAGAGGUCAUCUACAGGAUCCCACGAGGUGGCUUGUUUACAUAUGUGUCUGGAGCCAAUUUCCUGGGCGAGAUAAUUGAAUGGAUGGGCUACGCUUUGGCCACUUGGUCUGUUCCAGCCUUUGCUUUUGCAUUUUUCACACUUUGUUUCCUGGGGAUGCAAGCUUUUUACCACCACAGGUUCUACCUCAAGAUGUUUAAGGAUUACCCCAAAUCUAGGAAAGCCCUCAUUCCAUUCAUCUUUUAAAGAACCCUAACUUUAAGGAACAAAGCUUCUAUGGAGAAACUGCCCAGCUGCUGAAACUAUAAACUGUAAACU